GCACGAUUUGGACCUUGAGUUUCUCGCUAAGACAUUUGACUGUUGUCCACACUCGAACCAUAUCCAUAUUCCGCUAAAGGUCGUUCAUAGGAAUGUCCCCAUACAAAUCAUUACUUAGAUAUAAUAAGAUGAUACGUGGUAAAAGUUUGGUUUAGAAGAGGGAAUGUGGCAAUUUAUGAGCCUUACAAAUCAUUACUUAGAUAUAUAUAAAAAUGUCUUGCUUAGGUGUAUGAUCUAUCCAAAUUCCGGAUAUCCCCUGUCCCUGGAGAAACUCCAACAAUACUGAAUGAACGACUGCUCGACAACUGAUUUGUUAGAUACAUCAACAGUGCGUGUGUGUGUCACCGGAUUAUAUGAGGAUUGCAUCAGGCGGUGGCGCUGCAGGAGAAGCAUGGAAGGCACACAUGGCGAUGACGUUGGUACAGUUGUUCAAUGGAGGAUAUCAUGUCAUCACAAAAGUAGCUCUGAAUGGUGGAGUGAAUGAGAUUGUUUUCUGCGUGUAUCGUGACAUCCUUGCCAUCUCUAUCCUUGUUCCCAUCGCUUAUUUCCGCGAAAAGGGAACCAGACCAACUUUGACUAGGCAGUUUCUCAUGUAUUUCUUCUUUCUUGGGUUGACUGGGACAUUUGGGACCCAGAUUUUGUUUCUUUUUGGACUUGGCUACACAAAUCCAACCUAUGCUGCAGCCAUUCAACCUUCAAUUCCUGUCUUCACAUUUAUACUUGGUGCAUUGAUGGGUACAGAAACAGUAAAUGUGCUGGAAAGUGAAGGUCAGGCAAAAAUUGGAGGCACCUUAGUUUGUUUUUCUGGUGCCAUUUUUAUGGCUAUCUUCAAAGGACCAGCUUUACUAGGGCUUCGAAACAGUGUCCAUAAAAUAAUUCCAGGUGGACAUCCAGAAGUUUCUAGAUGGAUGUUUUCUUAUCUUGCAACCUUAGGAAUUGACAACUGGCAUAUUGGUGUUAUAUGCUUAAUAGGAAACUGUAUAUGCAUGGCUGCCUAUCUAGCUGUUCAGGCUCCAGUGUUGGCCAUGUAUCCAGCAAACCUAUCGGUUACAGCAUAUUCAUACUUUUUUGGUACAGUUUUUAUGGUGGUGACAGCUGUCUCCUUCAACAAUGAGUCAAUGAACUGGCAUUUGACUGGGUACGAGGUUUUGGCAGUAAUUUAUGCUGGAAUCAUCGCGUCUGCAUUGAACUAUGGACUUCUAACAUGGUCGAACAAGAUAAUGGGACCCGCUUUGGUGGCUCUUUAUAAUCCACUUCAACCUGCUGCUUCGGCUUUUUUGUCAAAAGUAUUCCUUGGUGACCCAAUCUAUUUGGGAAGCAUUUUGGGAGGAUUGUUGAUCAUAGUGGGGUUAUAUGUGGUGACGUGGGCGACUUAUCGGGAAAAACAAAAGCAACAGGCAGCCUUAGUAGGUCGUUCCUCAGAGCCACUCAUAGACCAGAUUUUUGGUGGGCCUUCCUCAUCUCUACUUAAGUCUACAGAUUAAGGACCACACACACACACACCAAAUGACAAAUGUUGUUUUUUUCUUCUGUUUUUACCUUUUGCCCUUCAAUUGUAUUUUUGGUUUUUGUGCAAAAUGUGUAGCAGAGUAGUGACAGAUAGAAAUAUAUUCUUCCUUUUUGGGCUUUUCCUGAUGGGGUCAUUCAUCGGUGUAAUGAGUCUUCCCACAGAAUAUGUCCCUAUCACUCAUAGCAGAAAGAAAAAACAAUGUGAUGUGGUGAUGAUAUAGUGUUGUUUUUAUGGAAAUAUUUCAAAUUAAUUGGGAUAUUUGGUGAAAAUUCUUCAUAUUCCUUCCUUCUUGGAAAAUGUUCGGGAGAAAAUACAUCGACUAUUUCACUUUUUUUUCAAUCUUGGAACAACCAAAUAUCAUACAAGACCAUCCGGUAUAACUUUUUAAGUAAAAAUAAAC